GGAACGGUUGUCGCAUAAUAAUUGCGCCAUUUCCUUUAGACAUUUGCGCGGCCGGUAGCGCAUCGCUAGCGAGCAACAUGCCCAAGUUUUAUUGUGAUUACUGUGAUACUUACCUCACCCAUGACUCUCCAUCUGUGAGGAAAACCCAUUGCAGUGGCAGGAAACAUAAAGAAAAUGUGAAAGACUACUAUCAAAAAUGGAUGGAAGAACAAGCACAGAGCCUGAUUGACAAAACGACGGCUGCAUUUCAGCAAGGCAAAAUUCCACCUACUCCAUUCUCUGCGCCACCUCCAGGAGGAGCUAUGAUACCACCACCACCUAAUAUCCCGGGUCCUCCACGGCCUGGCAUGAUGCCAGCACCCCACAUGGGUGGCCCUCCAAUGAUGCCAAUGAUGGGCCCACCACCCCCAGGAAUGAUGCCAGUCGGCCCUGCUCCAGGAAUGAGGCCGCCCAUGGGAGGACAUAUGCCAAUGAUGCCAGGGCCACCUAUGAUGAGACCUCCAUCCAGACCCAUGAUGGUGCCAACCAGACCAGGAAUGGCUCGUCCAGACAGAUAAAGUGGAAGUGGACUGACCAUUCUGCCUGUGUUUUAUGUACACCUAUCUGUGAACAAAAGCCCUGGGAGUUCCAUUGUCCCAAGCAGCAACAAACCACCUGGUUUUUCAGUUUCCAAACUUAAAUGGGUGAAGGAGGGAGGGGAGAAACAGAAGACUGGACUAGAGGUUUGUAACAUUUAUCAGACACAUGUCCUUGUUCAUUAUUGGAAUAAACCUUUGAUACUUGUU